AUGAAUCGUUGUUGUCGCAAUGGCUUUCUCUGCCCUCGAACGAAGGCGUGCAGUUGGGUCAAUACGCUGCUGGUGAACAGCAAACAUCGUCGACUGUUCUCUACAUCUCAUGAACAGUAUGGAAGACUGGACGUAUCACCAAAAGCGACCCCAAAGGUCGAGAAGAAAAAGGGGACAGGAAGUCUUCACAAGGCCAACAUAGUAGGCGACAAGCUUUGUGAUGAUAUCACUCAGCAGCUAUCGAAUGUACUGACUGUCAACAAACCAUCCGUCAUUCUCGACCUAUACCCUGGCCGCCCAGUCCUAUCCUCGAAGAUCAACGACCUUGUUCAGCCUUAUCGGCACAUCCUCGUCGAGCCGCGCGUAUCUCGAGUUUAUCAUAAGCACCUCAACGAGCUACGUCAGAAGGAUAAGGAAAAAUUUCAAAUACACAAGGAGAGAGUACAUUAUGGUUCAUUACAUGGAAUCGGUUGGUUGGAGCUACUGGAUAAGUACGUUCCUGCAGAGGUACCUCCAGGCACUCCAAAAGACCUACUCGUCAUCGCCAACUUGACCGACAGAGUGUUCAAGAAUGCUUCACGAAUAUGGGCAGCCCUUGUCGGACACUCUCUUCUGAAUCGAGGUCGAUUUAGUGACUGGAACGUUCGAACUCUCAUGAUUCUUCCUCCAGAGGAGGCUGAGUCGAUCAUACCACGUUCAAUCCGCAAUAGGAGGAAAGUGGCAUUACUGAACGAGGCAUACUCUCGGCGAUCUUUUGUUGUCGCCGAGACUGAUAAUACCGAAAACGUCAUUCCACGAGGAUACGAGCUCGUUGAGAAAAGCGCCGCUUUGGUCGCUCAACGAAUGGCAGAAAAUCAGAUCGUUCUACCUCAGCUUCGCAUAAGAGGUACUCCAGAGUCAUACACUGAAGUACCUGCAGGUCCGAGGACGGAACCAUAUGCCGCAAAAUAUCCGCUCUUCGCCGGAGAGCCGUUCAAAGAGUUCUUAGAGAAAAAACAUUUGUACGAAGGCAUCAUCAACAGGUACUAUCAGAAACAUGGAGGAACGAUAGAAGCUGAAAUGAAAGAUGCGAGGGCACGUACCCCGGUCGUGCGUAUUGCGAAAGAACUGGCCAAACAAAAAAUCGACCUUACGCUAACUGAGACCAUUGUGCAAGCAAAAUUGAAUGCAGCAGAUUUUGAGGAAGCAAAGCGAUACAAGGAGAUUGUCAAGAAGAACCCGAAAAUGAAAGAAUUCGUGGACCGCAGGCGGAGUUUUUUCAAGUUGCGCGCUCAGAUCAUGCAUCUUGCAGGAGAUUUGGCCAAGCUCGGGCUGCAAAUCCACUCCUAUGAAGAGAGAUUCCUUAAAUUGAAAUUGAAUUCACUGAAACUUGCAGAAGACCGGCUGUAUCGAGAAGCUAUUAGCCAUUAUUCUACGAAUAAGUCGAAUAAGCAAGCGACAAAAAUCAGCCGGGAUUAUACAAGGGCGCGUGCUUCAGUCGUGCAUCUAGCCAAAGCAGCAGAUGCUGCAGUAGAUCUAGCCAAGCAGCAAAUUGAAAUCGCCUCUCUCGAAGAGACACUCGCCAAAGCGAAGCAAGAUCCAGCAACGGAGGCAGCGGAGCUUGAGCGGCAAAAUUCAUUCUUGGUCGAUUUGAGAAAGAAGUUCACCGAGCAAAGCUCCGAAGCUCUGACUCACGCUAGCAGGAAGCUGCCAAAUCUGGUAAACGACUAUCGUGUUGCGCUUGGGGCGUCGGGCGAUAUCAAAGACUCUACGUUGCUCUGGGACCACCGACCGUUCGAACCGCUUUAUAUAUACCCGAAGGAGGUAUCGCCAAAGGGGAGUGGCUGCACCGUGAUUUAUAAUGAACCGGAACCGAAAGAAGAAUUAUUUGAAAAGUUUGCGAUUGCUGAUGCUCAUGAUCGGCACGACGAAGCGGUCGAAAUGGCUCUCUCAAUCGUAGGCACCUUCGGCAUUCGGGCCAGAGAGACCGUCGCCGAUAUGCUUGACAAGCUCUUCCCAGGUCAAUCUACUGCAGAGGUUGUCAAGCUUGUCCCUGAGUUAUUUGACUCCAUUCCCAGGCAACUUCGUCUUCCCAUCAGGAAAGACACCUCGGAGCUGCCACCAACCACCUCCACUUCUACAAAAUCGAUACCAGCCUCAUUCUACGACGGAUUCGAAUACAUGCCCGACCAAAUCACUCUUCAAUGUCUCCCUAUAAGCGCACUUAUGAGCUUACUGAAAGCAUACCUGAACACGCCGAACGCGAGAUCAUUUCUGCAGGUUAAUCGCAGUCUCGGUGGAUCUGCGACAUUGUUUGCGCUCCGCACGUGGGGAAAUGACUCUUAA